AUGGGCAUUAAAACUGUGGCCAUUUAUUCGGACGCGGAUGCACGGAGUUUGCACGUUCAAAUGGCCGAUGAAGCCGUCAACGUGGGGCCUGCGCCAACAAGUCAAAGUUACCUCAACAUCUCGAAUAUCCUCAAAGCGAUCGAGUCAACUGGGGCACAGGCCGUACAUCCGGGUUAUGGGUUUCUGUCAGAAAAUUCGGCAUUUGUGAAGACUCUGAGUGAAGCCGGCAUUGUGUUUAUAGGACCCGGCGAGUCGGCGAUGGCGGACUUGGGUGACAAGAUUCAAAGCAAGAUUAUUGCCAAGAAUUCGGGUGUCAACACCAUCCCCGGUUUCGACGGGGUAAUUAAGGAUACUAACCAUGCUCUGGAAAUUGGUAUACAUCAUAUACCGACUUGUUACGCUUUAUUGACAUUCACACUAAUAAUAUUGAACUUCAUCUUAGCUCAAUCAGUCGGGUAUCCUGUAAUGCUAAAGGCUUCCGCGGGAGGCGGGGGUAAGGGUAUGCGUAUUGCGUGGAAUGAUCAGGAAGUCAUUGAUGGAUUUAAAAUCGCCUCACAAGAAUCUUUGUCGAGUUUCGGUGACGACCGUAUAUUGAUCGAGAAAUACAUCGAUAACCCGCGUCACAUUGAAAUUCAACUUAUCGCAGAUAGAUUUGGGAACGCGCUGUAUCUCCCAGAACGAGAAUGUUCAAUUCAAAGGAGAAAUCAAAAGGUUAUCGAAGAGGCACCCAGUGUACACCUGGACCCACCCACACGCAAGGCCAUGGGCGAACAAGCCGUAGCCCUGGCCAAACAUGUCGGCUACGUAUCAGCCGGGACAGUCGAAUUUUUGGUGGAUUCGCAACGCAACUUUUACUUCUUGGAAAUGAAUACACGUCUACAAGUUGAACACCCGAUUACGGAAUUUAUCACGGGGCUCGAUUUAGUCGAACAAAUGAUUCGCAUCGCGGCCAAUCAGAAAUUAGCAUUCACCCAAGACGACCUUAAGAUCAAUGGGUGGGCCAUCGAGUCACGUGUGUAUGCAGAGGACCCCGAAAAAUACCUGCCAUCUAUCGGGUAUUUGAACAAAUAUAUAGAACCGGUCAGCCAAACUGGCAAGAAUGAUGUUCGCUGUGAUUCUGGUAUUGUCGAAGGAAGCGAAAUUAGUAUAUACUAUGAUCCUCUGAUCUGCAAGCUCUCCACUUACGGGGAAACAAGAGACGAUGCCAUUGAGAAAAUGCUGAAGGCUUUGGACUCUUACGUUAUUAAAGGAGUCACGCAUAACAUUCCAUUGUUACGUGAUGUUAUUGGGAGCAAGAGAUUCCGUUCCGGCAAAAUUUCCACAAAGUUCCUCGCCGAGGAGUAUCCUGGAGGGUUUAAGGGAGUUGCUCUGAAUGAUAAAUCACUACACGAAUUGGUUUCUAUUGCCGCAUUUGUUUAUGCUAAAAGAGAUUUAAGAAAUUGGAAGUGGGGUACCGGAAAAGAAGCGCUACUGAAGGGAGCGUUGAACGAAAGGGUACCAAAUAAGUGGAAUCUUUACGUCACAGUCAGUAAAGAAAUUCCGCCGGUUAAUGUAACAAUUGAAAGGAAAGGAAAGGAUUUACACGAAGAGGAUGAGUUCCAGAACGGCCAAACAAGUACAAUAAGAGCCCAAUGGCCAUUAGAAUCACCCCUGAUCAACGCAUAUGUCCAUGAUAAUAAUCAUGAUGGCGAAUCAGUCAUCACCACACAAUACUUGGACGCACUACCGCUUGGUUUCCGUCUUCAAUACCUUGGAUCAAAAUUUGAAGUCUCAGUUCUCAAUGAGAGACAAUAUGAAUUGAGCAAACAUAUGAUUGAAAAACCGAAGCCAGAUUUAUCAAAAGUAAUAUUAAGUCCUAUGCCAGGCAGUGUCGUAAGCUUGGCGGUCAAAGUUGGAGAUUUGGUCAAUGAGGGAGCCGAGAUCGCUGUGGUGGAAGCAAUGAAGAUGCAAAACGUACUACGUGCGGCACGCGUUGGUAAAGUGAAAAAAGUAUACAUUAAGCCAGGUGAAGCAGUGGCUGCGGAUGAAGUUCUGGUGGAGUUUGAAGACGUUGAUAAUUAA